UGUGUGUCAGAGAGAGAGAGAGAGAGAGAGAGAGAGAGAACGAGGGAGAGAGUGUUCCACGACGUGCAGCGAAAAGUGUCAAAGCGUGGACGAGAUCGAAAGAAGGAAUCGAGGACCUGUACGGGUCCUUAACGUUCAGGACGGUGCAUGUCUCGGACCCCGCUUCUCAGUUUUUCCUCCGGCAACGCUUUGUCCACUUUCCUGAGCUGGAGGCGUGCGGCCGACUUCUGUGCUGCGUGCAGAGGCUCUGCAGAGGCAGAAGUGCAGCCGACGAGCCCGCCGAGCAUCGGAUCAACGUACGCGGUCGUCGAGGAGCGAAAGCGGAGCCGGAGCUGGUGGAGGGUCAGGGUCCCUCGGGCCCGGAGGAUGGAAUGCUCGCUAUGCCCGUCAGCCCGAGUCCCGCAUCCACUUCGUCGCAGGAGGACGCCUGCAAACCACCGCCGCGUAACUGCUACCGCCUCGUUAUGCUCGGCAGCGCUCGUGUUGGAAAGACCGCCAUUGUAGCACGAUUUCUGUUCAACAAAUUCGAGGAGAGUUACACGCCGACGAUAGAGGAUUUUCACAGGAAACUCUACAGGAUCAGAGGCGAGAUUCACCAGCUUGAUUUGCUGGAUACAAGCGGAAACCAUCCGUUUCCGGCAAUGCGACGAUUGUCCUUCCUGACGGGGGACCUCUUCGUCGUUGUGUUCAGUAUGGACUGUCGGGAGUCCUUCGAGGAAGCCAUCAGGCUGAGGGAAGCGAUCCUCGAGACUAAAGUGAGCGCGACUCAAAGUGCCACGAAGAGCAGAAGGAGCCACUACAGUCUGAAGGUCCCUAUGGUCAUCGUGGGGAAUAAAUGUGAUAAAGAUGUAAAAACGGUCACGGUAGAAGAGGCCGAGCAAUAUUGCGUAAGUCAAGACGAAUGCUGCAUCUUCGUGGAGGCAUCCGCGAAGCGAAACUAUCACGUGGACGAAUUAUUUUAUCAGUUAUUCGUAGUGGCAGGUCUACCUCUCGAGAUGGCACCGAAUCAUCACAGAAAAGUACCGCUUACCUUUGGCUCGCCGACUAUGCUACCGCCGUCGCAGCCGCGGCACAAAGCCACUCUCAGCAUAAAACGUCGGCUGAGCGACGCCUGCGGCGUCGUGGCGCCGAACGUGCGACGUCCCAGCAUAAGAACGGACUUAAUGAUCAUGCGGACGAAAACGUGCUCGCUCGCGGCCGCGAACGAGAACAACACGCCGGGAUCCAGGAUCACGCUUAGAACAGGAAGAAUCGAGUCCAGGAAGGCCUGCACGAUACAGUGAUAUUUCAAACAAGUUGUCACGCGCGCGGAAACAAAUCUCUAUAGAUAUAUGAUAAAUAUGAUAACGCGAUUUUAAAGCGAUCUUUAGAAACGAGUAUACACUCUAUUUAUACGAUCUUUGUAUGCUUUUGCCUAUUAUAAUUUUACUAUAACUGUGUGUAAUAUGUUUAUCUUCAUUUAUUGUGUAUAUAAUUAGGCGUUAUUAUUGUUAUUAUUAUAUUAAUUUUAAUUUUUAUAGAAAUCGAUCUUCUUCCAAUAUUUCUUGCAGGACGAAAAAGAUAGUGAUAACUGAACUUUGUGUUAAUGGAAACCUCAUAUAUACGAUCGAAACUUUUAGGUCUACAAUUGUCAGACUUCACUGGUAAUAUGCAGAUAACGCGAAGCGAAUACUCGCGGACGAAGAUCGCAAGGGAAAAUCAUAUUUAAACCGACCACGCUACUCGCCUUAAUUAAUUAACGGAAUAUAGCUUUAGCGUAAUGUCCCGAAGGUAAAUAUGUAUAAUUAACUUAAGAUGUGAUCGAGUGAAAGAAAGAGAGAUUGAGAGAGGUAAGCCGCUACAUUAAUUAAUCGUCCUCGAUCAAACGUUAAAUGGGAAAUCGAUGCCUCGAUUAAGGAGGAUAAGAUCGUUUGACAUUUGAUCAGAGGGUUCUCCGGUUAGCAAGAUGAUUGAGUUGCAAGAGGGAGAAAGAAAAAGGAAAGAAAAAAAAAGA